UCAUGCGCUGCCCAAGCCAGAGUCUGUCAUGGGCCCCCUGUACGGCCUCCCAUUGCUGCUGUCUCCAUCGCCACACACUCUGCCAUGUGCCACUUUCAGGUCUCCUCACACUGCUGGUGUGUUUCCAUUUUUUGUCAUAGGGUGCUGGCAGAUUACGGGCCUCCCAUAGCUGCUGCCAGGCCCCUAAUCUGCCAUGGGCCCCUAUACCGCCUCCUCAUGCUGCUGCCAAGUCCAGAGUCUCUCAUGGUCCCUGUACGGCUCCCAUUGCUGCUGCCUCCAUCGCCACACUCUGCCAUGUGCCACUUUCAGGUCUCCUCACACUGCUGGUGUGUUCCAUUUUUUGUC